GGAGCCGCAUCAAGGUCUGAACCCGCCCCGGGGUCCGCCAAUGUGCGUCUCCAGGCAGACGCGGCCGCCUGGGGCAGAGCGAGCCGGGACGCGCCACCUGCGGUGCUGGCUGCUGCUUUUUAUUUACUAGCAAACACUGUUUCCCCGCGGGAGAGUCCGGGAGCGCGCGGGCACACACAUACACACACACACACACACACACACACACACGCUCACUCACUGAACACACGCGCUCGCGCACACACAUAUACAUACACGCUAGCGCUCUUGUCUUCACAACUGCAUCCCCAAACCGACAGUGCGAAGCUACUGCGGUUUCUCUUAACCUCAGCAUCGUGAGGGAGAAGCAGAGCCGUUGUGCAUCAGGGAGCGCCCGGUGCCUGCGCUGCCGCCUCGGGUACAUACAUAACCCAGCAGACCGCUCACCCCAUCGGCUGGAAUGCUUACAAACUGCUAAGGCUGAGAUCCUGAGGAACCCAGCUGGAGAAUGCCGUCUGAACGCUGCCUGAGUAUUCAAGAAAUGCUGACAGGCCAGAGGCUCUGCCACUCGGAAUCUCACAAUGAUAGCGUCUUGGCAGCGCUGAAUCAACAGAGAAGUGACGGCAUCCUCUGUGAUGUCACCCUGAUUGCCGAGGAACAGAAAUUCCAUGCUCACAAGGCAGUCCUAGCAGCAUGCAGUGACUAUUUCCGGGCGAUGUUCAGUCUCUGUAUGGUGGAAAGUGGAGCUGACGAGGUCAGUUUACAUGGUGUGACCAGCCUUGGCUUAAAGCAGGCCCUGGAGUUUGCAUACACAGGACAGAUUUUGUUGGAGCCAGGUGUGAUCCAGGAUGUAUUAGCAGCUGGCAGUCACCUACAGCUGUUGGAGCUUCUCAAUUUAUGUUCCCACUAUCUCAUCCAGGAAUUAAAUAGCUUUAAUUACUUGGAUCUGUACAGACUUGCUGACCUCUUUAACCUCACUUUGCUGGAGAAGGCAGUGAUCGAUUUCUUAGUGAAACAUCUCUCUGAGCUCCUGAAGAGUCGCCCAGAAGACGUUCUAACGCUUCCCUAUUGUCUGCUCCAGGAGGUUCUGAAGAGUGACCGCCUGACCUCCCUGAGUGAAGAGCAGAUCUGGAAGCUAGCUGUGAGGUGGUUGGAACACAACUGCCAUUACCAGUACAUGGAUGAGCUCCUGCAGUAUAUCCGCUUUGGCCUGAUGGAUGUGGAUACUCUCCAUACAGUUGCCCUGUCCCACCCCCUCGUCCAGGCAAGUGAAACUGCAACAGCUCUUGUCAAUGAGGCCCUGGAGUACCACCAGAGCAUCUAUGCACAGCCCGUUUGGCAAACUCGCAGGACCAAACCGCGAUUCCAGUCAGACACUCUAUAUAUCAUUGGUGGGAAAAAGCGUGAGGUCUGUAAAGUCAAGGAACUUCGGUACUUCAAUCCUGUUGACCAGGAGAAUGCUCUCAUAGCUGCCAUUGCCAACUGGAGUGAGCUGGCUCCCAUGCCCGUGGGAAGGAGCCACCACUGUGUAGCAGUCAUGGGGGACUUUCUGUUUGUGGCAGGAGGAGAAGUUGAGCAUGCUAGUGGCCGGACAUGUGCUGUGAGGACUGCCUGUCGCUAUGACCCCCGCAGUAAUUCCUGGGCGGAGAUAGCACCCAUGAAAAACUGCCGGGAGCAUUUUGUGCUGGGUGCCAUGGAUGAAUACCUCUAUGCAGUUGGGGGUAGAAAUGAACUGCGCCAGGUUCUGCCUACAGUUGAGCGAUAUUGCCCCAAGAAGAACAAAUGGACUUUUGUGCAGUCCUUUGACCGAUCCCUUUCAUGUCAUGCUGGAUAUGUGGCUGAUGGUCUUCUUUGGAUAUCAGGUGGAGUAACUAACACAGCACAAUAUCAGAACAGGCUAAUGGUAUAUGAACCUAACCAGAAUAAAUGGAUAAGCCGCAGCCCUAUGCUGCAGAGAAGGGUCUACCAUUCCAUGGCUGCUGUUCAAAGAAAACUUUAUGUUCUUGGAGGCAAUGACCUGGACUACAAUAAUGACCGGAUCCUUGUGCGGCAUAUAGAUUCUUACAACAUAGACACCGACCAGUGGACGCGUUGUAAUUUCAACCUGUUGACUGGCCAAAAUGAAUCUGGAGUUGCUGUCCAUAAUGAGAGAAUAUAUUUAGUUGGUGGAUAUUCGAUUUGGACAAAUGAGCCUCUGGCUUGUAUCCAGGUGGUGGAUGUAAGUAGAGAAGGCAAAGAAGAAGUAUUUUAUGGGCCUACACUCCCUUUUGCUUCUAAUGGAAUAGCGGCAUGCUUCCUUCCAGCUCCAUAUUUCACAUGCCCUAACCUUCAGACUCUUCAAGUGCCUCAUCACAGGAUUGGGACCAUCUGAAAACCAAUGCUUUAAUAACUAUCAUUAACAGAAGGGAAAGAAAAGCUUCACUUCUGAAUACUGGGCAUGAAAAGACUCAGUGCUCAAUGCUUCCUUGUUUUGUUUUAUAUAUCUUAUUUUCAGAUAAACAUUAGCAAAAAAUGAACAGUUUUCUAAAAUACAUUACUGAAACCUCCUGUCACCCUUCUCUCUGUGUGUCAAUAUAAAAUAUGUCUGACUUUUACUGUGGUGUAGCUCAGUGACAACUUAAUGGUCAAUUACUGUUCCAUGGGUCUUUAGAGCCUUUGUUGUAGACUUUCUCUAAUCAGCACUGUCUAGGAAAACAGGAAAAUGUUAGUAAGGCAAUUUAUUUCACAAGUACUGCCAUCAAUGAUCUUCAAAAAAAAAAAAAAAAUUCUGUAGUUAAUCCCCUUACUACUUAAAACUGGGUUUGUAAUUUUUCUUUUAAAAAUUUAACAUUAUGCAGCCCCACUAGUAUACACUCAGUAUUAUGACAUUAUAAAAUUUUAAAUGCCAUGUUUUAUUCACAGUAACACGAAUGAUAGAAGUACACUGGGACAGCAGUUGGAACGCCCAGAUUGUUCAGCUUGGUUACUGUGACCUUGGGCUAGGUGCUUAACUUUCAGUGCUAGUUUUCCCAUUCUUUAAGGAGGAUAAUUAUUGAUUUCCGUAUCAAUUCAGAAGAAUGUUGUGAGGAUUAGGCAAAUGCUCUGAAGUACUUCAUUUAAGAAAAAAAAAGUUACUCAAAUUACAAGGUAUUUUACUGUCUUUAGAAUUCUGUAACUGAACGGGGAGAUUAUUUUUGAAAUUAUUUAAAAAUUACUAAAUAGAAAUUGGAACACAUGCUGUGGGAGAAAUGAUUCUGAAAAGCAUGUGAAGAGAUGCUAAUUAGGAAAAGGGGAGUCUACCAAAGCCAAAGAUUCCUAAGUCUAUACAAAUUCUUGCUUCACAUCAUAAUUCAAACACUUGUUUAAAUUCAUUUAGUGAAAAAUGACAUUUCAAAGCUCAACAAAAAAAAAUUAGCUGUACUAAUUUGGGCACCAUAAAGUGCUCUGACAUAACUGUGAACCUAGACUUAGUAGUUCUAAUAAAAGUUUUUGCACUUUGUUAAAGGUUAUGUCAAUCUUGAGCACUUGUGGGACUCUUCCUCCACCACCAAUACAUAUUUUAUUACUACCACUUUUCAUAAUGCAUAAGAAUUCUUAUUUAGGCUAGGUUUUUGGAUUUGCUUUGUCUAUAACAAUAUAUACAUAUAUGUAUAUAUACACAUAUAUAUAUAUUUAAUAAAAAUCACAUUGGAACAUAAAUUCAAGAAGUGUAACAUGAGUUUUUCCCUUUUCCUAAUCUUGUUAGGAUCUAAGUCACUUUACUAAAAGGAAGACUUUAUUUGGACUUUUUUCCUUUGGCAUAGUUUAAUUGUUUAGCAAUCCUUACCUUACAGGAAGUUGUCAUUUUAUUCCUGUAACCACUUUUGGUAUUCAGAAAUAAAAACAAACUUUUUAAAAUCCUAAAUACAAAAUUCACUAACUUUUCACACUGUUAUACCUAAAAAUUUUAAUUUUUAAAUAAUAAUCUGGUUAUUCAGAUUAAAGAGCAGAGAAGGAAAGACUAGGCAUAAGGGGAAAAAGUAAAAUAAAAACCUCCCAGAGAUUUAGACAAAAAACCUUCAGAGUAAUUUUACAGUUCUGAAAAGUGAAAAUUGAUACUGAUAUGAUAUUUAGAAGAAUUACAGAGUCUCUUUAGAAGAGUUUAUAAAUCAUGUAAACUAAAUAUUUUAAAUGCCUUACCAAGUCAGGAAAAUGACUCUGGCAUUUCAGAUAUCUUUUCAAAAAGAACCUAAGCAAGAAGUGUUUCGGAUUUAUUAAAAUUUCUACUUGAUACAUGAAUUGACCUCCAGCUGUUUUACCUUAUAAAACCAUUACAUCUGUAAUCCCGCAUCCUAUAUCCAAUGAAUGAAAGGAAAAUGGUCUAAAAAUAAGCUUGCCUGACUAAUAAUGAAAAGGUACCCUGAGAUUACUCUUGAUAUUUUCUGUAUAGAUUUCUAACUAUUCAUUUAAAACAAAUCAGUAUAUUAGCAAACACUUUCUUGGGAAACUUUAAUGUAUUAUCCACUAAUAUUACAGAAUCGAACUCAGAAUUAGAAAAUAUUCUUUACAGUAUAGCCAAAGAUAGCGUCUAAAGUACAACAUUCCUAGGAAAAAUAAAACGCAGAAUGCUUAUGAUUAGAUCAUUUUCCUCAAAGGUUCCAGAAAACCGUGCUCAUAAAACCAAAUUCCACUGAAACUAUUCAAAUAUAUAUUUUCUAUUUUAGUGAACUAUAGUAAUUCAUCUCUCAUUUUUACUCUUUAAAAUUAUAGACCAUAUUGUAUCUGUAGUUAAAUUAUUAAGUUAAUUUGAAUUUCCAUAAGAAAAGCAUGAAAAUUCCAACCACUUAAACACCAUUUUCAGAUUUUACUAUGUAAAAGAAAACACAGUACUGCAUAAGUAUUAGCACAGCGUUCCUUUGUGUAGGAAGAAAAGCCAGCAAAGACAUUAAUCUGUAAAACAAUGUAAAGUGCAAUGAAGUUCCUUAGAUUCUUAAUAACAAAAUACCAAUUUGGUUAUGAUUAGGAUAUUUUUCUUGUUAGGUUACAAUUAAGAUCUUUUUCUUCCUUUUUCUUCAUGUUUUCUUCAAAGUUUAACCCCAAGUAUACUGUAUACUUUCAACUGUUGAAAUGACUAAAAAACUUUGUUUUGCCACAGAAUAUUAAAACAGGAACAACAUAGAAAUUAUUCUUCCAAGUAAUAUGGUUCAUUUUUAUUUUGGUUUUCAAAUAAUCUUUCAUAAAAAAGGAAGUGGAAUAAUCAUGAAGUAUAAACUAAAUAUUUACAUUUAAAAAAUUAUUAUAUGCACAAUUAACUUAUCAAUAUACAAUAAGGCCCAGCAUUUUCUGAAAACACAAUUCACAAAUGCAAUAAAUGCUAUAAACUGGAUAACUACUAGCACACCAAAAACUUUAAUAAGCAGAAGUUAUUCAAUUCCAAUCAUGUAGUACUUAUUUUGGUAAUCUUAGCAAUAUAGAUUAUCACUGAAUCAAAGUACAAAUCUUAUAUCUUAUUAAAUAUGUGAAAAAAUAUGCUACUUUGCUAGCUUCCCAAACCAACUGUCUUAAGCAAACAAAACAUGGUAUUUAUAUUGGCAUGCUAUGUACUUGACUGACAAGGCAGUAUUUUUAACCCUAGGAGGAGAAGACAGGAGAAGAGCUUUUGGAAAAAUGUAAGGUUUACAUAAAAUCUAUAGGAUUGAGGGAAGACAGGUUUCCUAGAGGCUUUUCCCAACUGCAGAAACUUGUCAAAUUUUUAUAGAACAGAUAAUUUUAACAAAGGGAUGUAAAAAUAAAAGCUGUCAAAGAUUCUGUUAAAGUACACGUAAUUCUUUAAGAACAAAAUAGUUUUAAAAAUUUGUGAUGAAGCAUGAAAGAAAAUAAUAAUGGGUAAAGAACACACACACAGGCUACAGGUAAGUUUUGUUUUUGUUUUUGUUUUUAAUAUAGAUGCCCAGGUAGAAAAAGUCAAAUAGGCUUAAGAAAAAAUAUGCUAGGAAUAGGUAAAGAUAUAAAAGUUUUAAACUAUGAAACUCUUCUAAUGCAAAUGAAGUCAAUACUAAAAGAUUUCUGUACAGAGAUCAUACUCCAUGUUUUUUACUCCCCCAUGAAAACCUAAUUAAAUGUUCAAUUAAAAUUUAAAUCAUAACCAAAUCUGAAUGUCUAAUAAAGUCCUUUCUACCA